UUUGUUCUGCCGGCAACACAUGGACAUCAGCUCAAAAGUCAAAAAGAGUUCCGUUUUUUUUUCAAUUUAUUCUGCUUCUGAAUUCUGAUACUUAGUUUACUCAGAUUCAAAUUUAUUAAUCAUAGUAGCGUUGUUUAAAAAAAAAAAAUAUAUAUAUAUAUUCAAAUUAAGAAUGACAUUAAAAUAAUAUUAACUGUGAUGAUAUCCCGAUUAACUUCUCGAUUUUGCGCUCAUUCCCUAUCAAGAUAUUUACAAUCUAAACGAUGGCUUUCUGUGGGAACAGUAAACUUAUUCGAACACAAAGUAGAAUUCUCGGGAAGAAAUUAUUUAAAAAUUUCCGGGGGAAAAUAUGCUCGUUUUACUGAUGGCUGUGCAGUUGUGUCACUUGGCGACACUUCUGUUAUGGCAACAACGGUCAGUAAAUCAUUGAAGCCAUCAUCGACUAAUUUUCUACCUCUAACAGUUGAUUAUCGACAAAAAGCAGCCGCAGCUGGUCGUAUACCUACAAACUAUUUACGUAGAGAGCUGUCCGUAUCUGAACAUGAAAUACUUACCAGCAGACUCAUAGACCGUUCAUUACGACCAUUAUUUCCUUCUACAUAUUGUUUCGAUACACAGGUUAUGUGUAAUUUACUAGCAGUUGAUGGAGUAAAUCACCCUGAUAUACUAAGUAUAAAUGCUGCAUCGACUGCUUUAGCCCUUUCUGACAUUCCUUGGAAUGGCCCAGUGGGUGCAGUUCGGGUAGGCUUUUGUGAUAAUAAUUUAAUAGUUAACCCAACGCGCCGGGAAUUAUCUAAUAGUGAAUUAAAUUUAGUUGUUGUGUCGGCUGCCCAUAAUUUAGUCGUCAUGUUAGAGGGCUCCGCUAAUAAUGUAUUACAGCAAGAUAUGUUAAAAGCAAUCAAAUUUGGUGUCAAAGAAUGUCAGCAUGUGGUAAAUGGCAUUAAUAUUUUGCAAAAGGAAUACGGAAAACCUAAACGAGAAUAUGAGACUAAAAAUUCAGACGAUACAGACGGAAAUUUAGAAAUAGCAAUUAAUAGCAUAUGUGAAAUAAAACUUAGAGAAAUAUUUACCAAUACUUCUCACGAUAAAACAUCAAGAGAUGUUGCUGUAAGGGAUGUUAAAACUGAGGUCAUUGAAAAACUUAAAUCUAACUUUGAAUCAUUAAAUUUUGAUCUUUGUUCAAUUAUUUUUGACAAAAUUUGUAAGAAAAUAUUCCGGAGCUUAAUUUUUGAAAACAAUACCAGAUGUGAUGGUCGUAAAUUUGAUGAACUGAGAAACAUAUCGUGCGAAGUUGAUUUGUACAAGCCCCUUCAUGGUUCAGCUUUAUUUCAAAGAGGCCAAACACAAGUUUUUUGUACAGUAGCUCUUGACUCGUUAGAUUCUGCUCUGAAGCUAGACCCAAUGACCAUAUUAACUAACGGAAUAAAUGAAAAAAAUUUCUUUUUACAUUACGAGUUUCCUCCGUAUGCAACCAAUGAAAUUGGUCGUUUAAAUCCGUUUAUGCGACGAGAAAUCGGACAUGGAGCUCUGGCAGAAAGAGGUAUAAGACCAAUUGUUCCGGAAAAUUUUCCUUUUACGAUUCGUUUAACAUCGGAAGUACUUGAAUCCAAUGGUUCAUCGUCAAUGGCAUCGGUUUGCGGUGGUAGUUUAGCACUUAUGGAUGCCGGUGUUCCUAUAUCUCAACCUGCAGCUGGCGUAGCUAUUGGCUUGAUUACAGAGUAUGACCAAGACGAUACACUGCAAAUUAAAGAUUAUCGGAUUUUAACUGAUUUACUUGGCAUCGAGGACUAUUUGGGCGACAUGGACUUUAAAUUGGCUGGUACCAAAAGAGGCAUCACAGCGGUGCAAGCCGAUAUAAAAAUUCCUGGUUUGCCUUUAAAAAUUGUAAUGGAAGCUAUACAAGCAGCUACGGAUGCAAAGAAAGACAUAAUAAAUAUUAUGAAUGAAACAAUUAAGAGUUCUAGGAAACCACAAAAAGAUAAUUGGCCAGUAACAGAAAAGUUAGACGUACCUGUACAUAAAAGAGGAAAAUUAAUGGGUCCCGGCGGAAUAAACUUAAAGCGUAUACUGUUAGACACUGGUGCACAGAUAACAUCCGAUAUGGAAACCGGUUCAUUCACAAUGUUUGCGCCCAAUCGAGAAUCGUUAAAUGAAGCAAAAGAAAUUGUUGAAAAAUUAAUGGCAGAGCAAGCUGAACCACAACUCGAGUUUGGAGCUAUUUACAAUGCUAAAAUUGUCGAAAUUAAAGAAAUCGGUGUUAUGGUGACAUUGUAUCCGACCAUGCAACCGGCUUUGGUUCAUAAUUCGCAGCUCGAUCAAAGAAAAAUCAAUCACCCUAGUGCUUUGGGUAUGGAAGUCGGGCAAGAUAUUCAAGUUAAAUAUUUUGGUCGCGAUCCAGUAUCGGGCAUCAUGAGACUCUCCAGAAAAGUGCUACAAGGGCCGGCUUCCGGGGUGACACGAAAUAUAAGCAGUAAAAGUAGUACAACGAGUACCGAGUGAAACAUUGUAUAUCAAUGUAUAUUGUAUCUGUACCAAUUUAUUGACUAAUUUUAAUGUUAUAUUAAGCUGCUAAAAAUUUGUACUACACAUUUUGUAUAAAAAAAUUUGUAUGGUUUUGUUUGAGAUGAAAAUACUAUACAAUUGAAAUACAUAUAUAUGAAGUUAUAAUAAUCUUUUAAC